CCUUUCCAAACACGAUGGCACCCAAGAAAGCUGGCAAGAAGGCGGCGGCGUCGGCCCCGCAGAGCAAGCCCGAGGAAGUCCCGGCUAGCAAGCCCGACGAGGAUGAGGUCGAAGAUGCUGCACCGGAGGAGCCGGUGAAGGGCAAGCACAGCGAUGGCUCGGCCGCGAUGCGCAACAUGGAGGGUGAUGAGCACGAGGGCUCGGGUGCCAAUGCCGAGGCGGCCAGUGCCGCGGCUCAGCAAGGGGAAGAGAGAGAAAAAGAGCGAAACGUCGUUGCGGCGUUGGCCCUUGCUGGCACCAUGGGUGACGAUGUGGCAAGAUCCAUGGCCGAGGCCCGGGAGGCAGCUGAAAUGGGCCGGCGACUUCAAAUGACCAACUACGAGCGCUUUCUGCGUGGAGAGGAGGUGGUCUUUCCCGUGCACAACGACACCGCUGGGUUCAAGCUGAAAAAGAGCUCGUUGCCUCCACCUCGCCCCAAAAGUCGUCCGCGCAAGGUCAAAUUCACCUUUGUAGAUGAAUUAACAGAUUGCAUCGCCGAAGGAGACAAGUCUGGCAUUGAGCAAGCGCUCAAGGCCAAUGCCAACGUCAAUGCUCGUGACAACGAAGGCAUGACCCCGCUUCAUCGAGCUUGUAUUGAACAGGAUUUGCAAACCGUGAGCCGGCUCAUCGAUGCCGGUGCCGACGUGAACGUCCGUGAUGACGACUGGUGGACACCACUUCACUCGGCUGCUGAUGUCGGUGCUUGGCGCAUCUGCAAUACGCUCUUAAACAAUGGCGCCGACCCGACCGCCGUCAAUGCCGAUGGCGAUCUUCCUCUGGACGUGGCCAUGGAUAUGCGCACCGAGGGUGUUUUGCAGCGCGCUUUGGAGGAUGCUGGUCACGCAGACAAGGAAGCCUGGGAGGAUCUUCGAACUCGCGAUGAGCGAGUUAUGCUCGCUGACAUGAAGAAGCUGGUGAUGCGUGGAGGCAACAUCAAUACUCCACUCAACGCAGCCGUUCGUUUUACUGGGCCUAUUUCUCACCUGUCGCAAAGCCCUUCUCCGACGUACGAGUGUGUGAUGCAACUGGCCAUGGCCGGGGCUGACAUCAACGCAACCAACAUGUACCGCCAGCGACCGAUCGUCAUGACCGAAAACGACACCUUGCUCAAAAUUCUCAAAGCCGUCGACAAGCAAGCCGAUGACCUCUUACUUUCUGGCAUGGCUGGACGUGGGCGAACAGCGAGCGGACGCCGCCAUAGCAAGCAGCAGGCUCAUGACUCAAUGCGCCGCGACCGCUACCAGGAAGGCAUGGCCCUGCGCUCCUAA